AAUGAAGAAAAAUUGUCUUUGCCGGCAUCUUUAAAUUCUUUCAAACUUGAUUUACAUUUCUCGGCGCCAAACGAACACCUGCUAAGUAUGAUUAUAGCUAUCCAAUUUAUGCCUAUUGAUGUAAAAAAAAACAAAGUAAGACUUCUCUAAUUUUUAUGGAUUUAGGUGAUGCCGAUGAAUUUUGGCCAGCGGACAUUGUAUCUCCUACAUUAAAACCAAGCGCAAGUGUCUGUAAAUCCAUUACAUCUCUCGGUAAAAUAAUGGAAUUCGAAGAACAAAGUUUACUCACAAGCGAUCCUUCAGAAGAAAAUUUGGAACAUAAAGUCACAGAGGGGGAACAAACUUUCAGUAUUUCACCUAAAUCAGAGUUACCCACGAAAACUGGUCAUAUAUUUAACGUAAACACCUUAAGCGACAGUUUCCCAAGAUUAAUAAGACAAUUUGUGAAUUUAGAGUAUGGUGUUAACGAACAACUUGAUACUGAAACAAAUCACGACAAUAAAAUGGAUAAGGCUCUUGAUGAAAAAGAUAAUAAUGUGGGAAUUGGUAGUGAGUUUCAAAAAUCACUCGAUCCAACAUCUAAUGUGACCGCUACAUUAGAGGAUAUAAGAGAUUUAAAAAAAACAAGUGAAAUAGAAAACGACAUAAAUGAAGUAAAAAAAAACAUUGAUAACGUACCUUUUGUAGAUCUAAAUAUCGAAUCAAAAAAUAUUACGAAUGUGGUAAAUAUAGCACAAAAUAAUGUCCAUUACCACCACGGAGAACGAACAAAUAUAAAAAGAGAAUUUGAUAUUAAAACGUGGUGCACGGAAUUGGAGCAGGGAUAUAAGAAUUUGGAAUUAUGGAAUUUAUGGAUUUCAAAUGCAUGUGAAGCAGUCCUACAAAUUAAAAAAAUAGAAGAUUCGAUAAGACUCUGCCCUAUAAGAAGUCAGCAAUAUUGGAGAAAUCUCAAAGCAAAUAUUGACAAAGAUGCAACUAUGUGGCUAAAGUUUAACAAACAAAUACAAAACAAAGCUUAUCUAAUGAGUAACAACAAUAAAAAGAGGGUAUUAAAAACAAAUUGCAAAUGUAAAAAUUCAAAAUUGAAGUCCUAUAAGUAUUUUAUUUGACACUCAAGAAGGCUACACGGGUUGUUUAUUUAAAAAAAUAAUUACAAAUCAUUUAAAGUGAACGUUGAUUUGAUUGUAGUCAUAUUUUCUGAUUAUUGUAUCUCGACACGCCGUGAGUAUCCAUUUUCCAUUAAAUGCUAUAUCUCUGACACCAUCACAGUCUGGACCAGUUAGGUACACCCUAGUAUUCUUGUGUUGUUCUAGUAAUGAUAUCACUGUACACGUUCCGUCUUGGCGUCCUAUUGCGAACAUUUGAUUUGCCAAUAUUGUUAAACUUAAAACUGGACUUGCGGAUUCAUAUAACUCACUGAUCAAAUUUCCAUCUUGUAAAUUCAACUGUACAACCUGUAACAAUUAAAAAUUUUAUACGAUUGUGAA